AUGUCCUCCAUCCCUCCUCCCCCCAAGACCUCCACCGUGCCGGUCAGCCGGAAUCGCAACUCGUUCCUGUCCAAGUUUCGCUCCCCGCUAGGUAACCGCAACCGCAGUAUCACCGACUUCUACAUCGAACCCGACGACCCAUGGCGUUCAUACUUUCCGGGAGAUGUCAUCAAGGGUACGGUCAUCCUGACCGUUAUACGACCAGUACGCAUUACACAUAUAGUCGUUUGUUUACAUGGAUAUGUCAAGGUGUUCAAAAACGCAGUUCCCGCAGGAGAAACCAUCCCCGAUUUCGGGUUUCUGGGACCGGGACGGGGUCGUCGCGGCGCCGAGUAUAUGGGCAAUGGUCUCGCAACACUCUUCGAGGACGAAAUGGUCCUGUGUGGUGACGGACGUCUCAAAGAAGGCAUAUAUAAGUUUCGCUUCGAAAUGGGACUACCUCCCUAUGCGCUCCCCAGCAGCAUCAACUUCGAACGAGGCACCGUUGCGUACUCCUUAACAUCCACCCUUACCCGACCGACUACCAUGAACCCUACCAUGACCUGCCGAAGGCGAAUCAACCUUCUCGAGAAUAUCGAUAUUGCCCCCUUUCCCGCCCCAAAAGCCCGAAUUGUCACGCUUGAACCAGUUUCCAGGCGCUCCAAAUCCAAAGCCAAGGCCAAAUCAACCACCUCGGAACCUACCCCCGCAACCGACUCUUCCUCCAUAGAUACCCCAAUCAGCGCAGCAACCACUCCCGUGGAUAAUCGCCCACCUCUCAGUCCCUCACUUAGCAACGUGAGCUCUUCCAGUCGACCGAGUAACAGCAGCCAGAGUUUCCAUAUUGCCAGCGACCCAAGCUCCUCGACCAGCACAGGAGGUCGGAAUAGUGAAGGCCGCAGUGCCACCCCCUCCAUCUCCGAUAAAACAAUCACUGCAAAGGCCGAGGUUUUGCGCGCAGGCGUGCUUCCAGGAGAUGCUUUGCCCGUUAAAAUUACAAUCAACCACUGGAAACAGGUGCGCAGUGCGCACGGGAUCAUUGUGACCCUCUACCGACAAGGCCGUAUCGACCUUCACCCGGCUAUCCCCAUCGGUUCCACGGCAGCCGGAAAGAAACCCGUCUGCACUUUCCGCAAGGACCUCUCACAAACGUUUGCCCCGUUGAUAGUCGAUCCCACUACCAUGACCGCGGUUGUGAAGACAUCGAUUCGAGUCCCCGAAGAUGCAUUUCCUACUAUCACUCGUGUACCGGGCUCGAUGAUUAAUUUCCGAUAUUAUGUCGAGGUUGUUGUAGACCUACGGGGCAAAAUCACUUCACCUGAUCGCUUCCUCCCACGAUUCAACAUGGUGUCGGGCGGCAGCACGUUCUCGCCCAGCGGCCAAAUUCUGAACCCAGCGGAUGCAAAUGGGAGUGGCAUCACAGCCAAUUGGGCAGGAAACAUCCUGGAUACUGAUCAAGUUCGCCGUGAGAAGGGCGUUAUUUCCGUUGCAUUCGAGGUGGUUGUGGGUACCCGGGAUUCCCAGCGUGGCCAAGCUACCCUCGAGCGGACGUCGUCCGCUACUGCCGAAUCAGCCAUCCAUAUUGCACCGUUAGCAUCCUCGGUCGUGAUCAAUCCGGUAGAUGGGGAAGACUGGCCCGAAGCAAGCCCAAUGCCGAACAAUCAUGAAUACAAUGGCCAAGAAGACUACGGUUUCCCUGACGAGACUCAUUGGUCAGAGUAUCCUGAGGAUUACUCCCAAUCGUUCCAUCCCAGUGGCUCCAUGACAGCACACCCGGAAGUGGAGGAGCCACUGGACGAGAAAACUAGGCUGCGAUUACAUGAAGAGGGCCUUCUACCCAGCCAGCCCCCAGAAGAGGACGAGGCAGGACCGUCCAAUGCUGAACUGGAAAUGCCGACCGCCCCCGUCUUACCAGACGAUCACCACCUGCAGGACUAUCAGCACCUACCUACACCAGUUGCCGAUGAUGUCCCCCAGGCCGUCCGGUCUGCAGAGUCUUUACAGACGGUGGUCAUCAAUGGCCAAGCUCCAGAACCUGCCGAAGCUUCUGUCCCAGGGGAAGAUAAGCAAGAGUUGGAGCGGCAACGGCUCCUGGCGGAAGCGAGUGCGCCUAGUGCACCUCCCCUCGAGGAGAUCAAUGGCGAUUCUGGUGAAGGCCCCAGUACUCCCAGUGCUCCAGUUGCUUCUCCCACGGCUCCAGUCUUCGACGAGGACGACCAGCUAGUAGGCGGAGUGGCGCAUGCGGACGAGUCUCUCCCUCGGUAUCAGCGAUAA